AUGGCAAAGAAUGGCAAUCCUGUUGGUAGUGGUUCCGACGACACGCAAGAGAAGGGUCAUGAAGAACUUGUCAACCCGACGGUUCCAAAGAAGGAACGAGUGAAGGACAUGUUAGCUGCAAUCGAUUCACGACUAACUCAAGUGGAAGAGAGUGUGAGUGGCAUGGGAGCCCAGGUGGAAGAUUUGGAGGCGAAGGAUGUCGCAAUCCACACUGCGAUCAAGGGCAUGAUGCUCAAGCUAGAGAAGUCCUUGCGGGGCGAGAUAGACAAGGUUCGCGGGGAGUUCAUGGGGGAACUCGCCCGGAUGCGUGAAGUUCAAGAAAGGGAGCACAAUAGCAUGCUUGCACGCAUGGAGGAGAUGCAUGCAGAUUCUACACGCAUGGAGGCAAUGCAGGCAGAUCUUGCCCUAUGCAAGCGCGCACUAGCCGCGGGGGCUAGCACCAGCAGCAGCGUAGAGGCCAAGCGGAUCGAGGUGCCAAAGCCAAAGAGCUUCGGAGGCAUGCGCAACGCUCGAGAAGUAGACAACUUCUUAUGGGGGCUAGAUCAAUACUUUGGGGCUCUUAAGAAGCAAUUUUAUCCCGAGAAUGCCGAGGAUGAGGCAAGAGCUCGCUUGCGAAGACUCAAGCACACCGGGCCUAUUAGUGAUUACAUUAGAGAAUUCACUAACUUGGUGCUUGAGAUUCCCGACCUAUCCGACAAGAAUGCUCUCUUCAAUUUCAUGGAUGGUGGGGGAGACAAAAUCCAACGCAAGGAGGAGCCCCGCCGUGAGAGCUACUUGGCGAGGUUCAAGGAUAAAGGCAAGUCAAGGGACAUGCGGAGCUUGGACAAGCCAAACGACAAUAAGUGCUUCCUAUGCGAUGUGCCGCAUUGGGCUAGGCAUUGCCCACAAAAGAGAGCACUAAGCGCGCUCUUAGGAAGUCAUCAAGGCGAGAGUGAAGCCGAGGGUGGCAAUGGAGGUGCACACUUAGGGUCUUUGCAGGUGCUUAAUGCAAUCCGCUCUACACCUAAGGUCCAAGCCAAAGAUUUACUCUUCACAGACAUCACCAUAGGUGGGAAGCCAACAACGGCAAUGCUCGACACGGGGGCAACCCACAACUUCAUUUCCAUUGAGGAGGCACGCAGGCUAGGACUAAAGGCAAGUAAUGGAGGGGGCUCCAUCAAGGCGGUUAACUCACCUGCCCGCCCCAUACAAGGAGUAGCUCGAGGAGUCAAGACAAGCGUGGGAGCUUGGUGUGGGAGCCUAUACUUCUCGAUUGUACCGAUGGAUGACUACAAGGUAGUCUUGGGGUUGGAGUUCCAUGAUCAAGUCAAGGCAUUCCCGGUGCCAUUCGCCAAUAGCUUAUGCAUUAUGGAUGGCGAGAAGUCGUGUGUAGUGCCAACAACCCGAGAAGCAAAGCAAGACAUCAAGGUCUUGUCGGCAUUGCAAUUCAAGAAAGGCAUCAAGAGGGAAGAGGAAAGCUACUUGGCCGUCCUUAGUGAGUUUGAUGAUGAGGAGCGAAGGCCACAAGAUGACAUGCCCAAGGAGGUAGCAGCAGUUCUUGAAGAGUUCAAGGAUGUAUCACCCACGGAACUGCCCAAGAAACUACCCCCAAGGAGAGAGAUCGACCAUGAAAUCGAGUUGGAACCAGGGACAAAACCACCCGCCAUGGGUGCAUACCGCAUGGCACCUCUCGAGUUAGCGGAGCUAAGGAGGCAAUUAAAGGAGCUUUUGGACGCGGGGUUCAUUAGACCUUCGAAAGCCCCGUUCGGUGCCCCGGUGUUGUUCCAAAAGAAGAAGGAUGGAUCUCUACGCAUGUGCAUCGACUAUAGGGCGCUCAACAAGGUCACGGUAAAGAACAAGUACCCUAUUCCUCUCAUUGCCGAUCUUUUUGAUCAAUUGGGUCAUGCACGCUACUUCUCAAAGUUAGACCUUCGUUCGGGGUACUACCAAGUGCGCAUUGCGGAGGGAGAUGAGCCGAAGACCGCAUGCACCACAAGGUAUGGAUCUUAUGAAUUUUUGGUCAUGCCUUUCGGCCUAACUAAUGCACCGGCGACAUUUUGCACCUUGAUGAACAAAUUAUUCCACCCCUACCUUGAUUGGUUUGUAGUCGUCUACUUGGACGACAUAGUGGUGUAUAGCAAGACCAUGCAGGAGCAUGUGGAGCACUUGCGGGAAGUGCUUAAGGUUUUGAGGGAAAACCAACUAUACAUCAAGAUGGAGAAAUGCUCAUUCGCCAAGCCGGAGGUGUCGUUCUUGGGGCACAAGAUCAAGGACGGCAAGCUUAUGAUGGAGGAUUGCAAGGUGCAUUCCAUCCAAGAAUGGGAACCACCCACCAAGGUACAUGACUUAAGAUCUUUUCUUGGGCUAGUUAACUAUUAUCUCCGUUUGCAAGCAUUUCGCAAGUCACUAGCCCAUUGCUAA